AUGAGGUUCUUGUGUCUCCCCGGGUCCUAUGGGAGCUCGGAUAAAUUCCAGGUUCAGCUUGCGCCAAUCGUGACGGAACUCACCUCGGACGAGUCCGCCACCUUCCAUUUCAUCAACGGCAACUGCGAAGCGACCCCGCCGGAGGGGUUCGAAGAAUUUUUCGGGCAACCGCCGUACCACCGCUUCAUCGAGCCGGAUGACCCCAACAUCGCGGAAGGCGCCGACGUGCUCUCGCGUAUCCGCGACUUCCCCGAAUGUGAGACGCCCGAGGAUACGAUGCGCGAGCUCAUGCGGGAAGGCGUGGCCGACUGCCGCGGGUCGACGAUCCGGGCCAUCCAGUACUUGUACGAGAUCAUGGAGAAGAGCGGGCCCUUUGACGGCGUGAUCGGAUACUCGGAAGGCGCCACGCUCGCGGCGACUCUCCUCUUGUUCGAGCAGGUGCGCAAGAAGGAGUUUGGUAUCCCGGCCAUGCUCAAGUGCGGCGUCUUCUUCAUGGGCUGGCCCCCGCUGCACCCAAAGUGGCUGAACUUGGUGCUUGCGGACGAAACCGACAUGAUGAUUGAGGUGCCGACGACCCACAUCAUUGGAUCCUUGGACCCUUACCUCGACGGCUCCAUGGCGCUCUACAACGUGUGUGACCAAGACUCCGCCUACAUCUUUGACACGGCCAAGGGACACACCCUUCCCAGAGAAAAGACGCUUGUGAAGGAGCUGGGCGACACACUCCGCAACAUGAUUGCCCAAGUGCGCGAACGCGAUGCGGAAUAG